GUGAGAACCCCCGAAGCUCCCUCCCAAGUACCUCCUACGCAAUGCAGGGCUGUCAGCUACCACCCGGGGACGGGCCAUGGCCAAGUUGAACUGCUCAAUCGAGCCACAUACAAACAGCUAACAUACGAGACACGAGAGAGAUACGCUGAAUAUCGCUACUUGAUCACUGCUGCCUAGAACCACCAACUUGCAACGUUUUGAUUAGUAUUCAUUCAUUAUUGAAUGUUGAUGAAGGACAGACUGGCCAUUUUUUUCUUUGCGGUUGGGAGAAACGGUGACGCCUCUGGGCCCUGUCCCUGCAGCAGCGGCUGCCCACCAGAAUUUAGCUUGCCCCCCGCCGUCAAUCCGAGCUCGGCGAUUGGCGGCUGUGCCUGCUUUUGCGGAGCCGGAAAAACCUCGUCGCCGUCCUCAACCAUCUCGCGGCGCAGCCUGGGGCGCAUUAUUCUCGGUAACUUGCUAUACCACCAUCUCAACUGCCACACUGGUAUUGUAUGGUCUUGUCCAGCCCGACCACAGACAAGUUGGUGCAUCUAGAGUUCCUCUCAGCUUCCGUUGACCCAGAGGCUGAUAUCUCUGAUUAACUCGUCGCUCUAUCGCUUCGUCCUUCACCUCCGACUCUUUCGCAGUCAAUUCCUUUCUCACUCUUCACACCUGUGGUCGAAGUGACCCAGUGCCUCUGUUCUGUAUAGCAAAGAGCUCUACGUUGCAAGAGCUUCUUCAUUCAUUUUUCUACAUCUUGGGUGGCAUUAGCUUGCUCACUUUAAUCCUCCCUGCGAGUUCCUCACCUCAGUCAUCUCUCUCGGCCGGCACUCGCAAACAUGUAUUCCGGCGGUGCUACUGGCACUCAUACUCCCCGGUCCUCGCAAAACCUACGGCCUUUGAGCCUCACUCAUGGCUCCCUCGAAUACUCCUUCUUGAUCCCGACCGCCCUACAUUUCCACGCCUCGCAGCUACAAGAUGCUUUCAAAGCUUCGUUACCAGAACCUACAGACGAAUUAGCUCAAGAUGACGAGCCUUCGUCAAAGGCAGAGCUUGUUGCUCGUUUCAUUGGCUUCAUUGCUGCUGAAGUCGAUGAUGACGAGGAAGCGUCUGGCUUUGUUGAAGUGCUCAAGGUUGUCUUGAACGAAUUUGAGCGAUCUUUUAUGCAUGCCAACGAUGUCCAUGCUCUAGCUGCCAGUCUUCCCGGGAUUACGGCAAAGAAGCUGGAGGUGGUUAAGUGCUACUAUGCAGGUCGCGCAGCAGUCGCGAGACCCAUCAAACCCCAUGAUUCGGCCCUUUUCCGAGCCGCAGACGACGAAGAGGCUAGCAUCUACACAGUUUUUGGCGGUCAAGGGAAUAUCGAAGAAUAUUUUGAUGAGCUCCGGGAGGUUUAUAAUACAUAUCCCUGGUUUACCAAAGAUUUGAUCGAGUCUUCAGCAGAGCUCCUGCAGAGCCUAGCCAGAGACCCGAAGGCAGACAAGUUCUAUUCCAAGGGUCUCGAUAUCCUCCGCUGGUUGGAAGAUCGAGAGACUCAACCAGACACCGAUUAUCUGGUUUCAGCGCCCGUCAGCUUGCCAUUGAUCGGUCUGGUCCAGCUCGCCCACUACCAGGUCACUUGUAAAGUUCUCGGUAAAACUCCUGGCGAGGUGAAUGAACACUUCAAUGGAACCACUGGCCAUUCGCAAGGAGUGGUCACCGCAGCCGCCAUUGCUACUGCAACAUCAUGGGAAAGCUUCGCCAGGGUCGCCAGAGAUGCCAUCACAAUGCUUUUCUGGAUUGGUAUGAGGAGUCAACAGGCUUACCCUCGUACAAGCAUUGCGCCAUCUAUUUUACAAGAUUCGCUCGAGGCUGGAGAAGGCGUGCCGACACCCAUGCUGUCUGUGCGCGACCUUUCUCUAAAGCAGCUCCAAGAGCAUAUUGAUGCUACAAACGAGCACUUGCCCACGGACCGGCACAUUGCCAUUUCCUUGAUCAACAGCGCCCGGAACUUUGUUGUCACUGGGGCACCCAUCUCUCUCCAUGGUCUUAACCUGCGACUCCGUAAGGUCAAAGCACCCACUGGAUUGGACCAGAACCGAAUCCCGUACACAGAGCGCAAAGUACGCUUCGUCAAUCGGUUUUUGCCGAUCACGGCUCCAUUCCACAGCCCGCUCCUGAGCGAAGCGUUCAAAAAUAUCAAGGAAGAUCUCCGUGAUAUCAAGAUCCCAGCUUCUCGGUUGACAAUCCCCGUUUUCGAUACGAAUACCGGUGAAGACCUCCGCGCGCAACACGACAAGGAUAUUGUUCCAUCUCUCGUGCGUAUGAUCACUCAAGAUCCUGUUCAUUGGGAACAGGCCACAGUUUUCGAAGGAGCCACCCACAUCGUCGACUUCGGUCCUGGUGGUAUUUCCGGUUUGGGCGUUCUCACCAAUCGAAACAAAGAUGGUACUGGCGUCCGUGUUAUUCUGGCGGGUGCCAUGGAUGGCACCAAUGCCGAAGUCGGGUACAAGCCAGAGCUUUUCGACCGAGACGAGGAACAUGCAGUCAAGUACGCGACCAACUGGGUCAAAGAACAUGGCCCCAAAUUGGUCAAGACAUCCGUUGGCCAGACUUAUGUGGAUACCAAGAUGUCUCGCUUGCUGGGCGUCCCUCCGUUAAUGGUUGCGGGCAUGACUCCCACUACAGUGCCGUGGGAUUUCGUUGCUGCCACCAUGAAUGCAGGCUACCAUAUCGAAUUAGCCGGUGGUGGUUACUAUAAUGCCAAAAGCAUGACUGAAGCCUUGACCAAAAUCGAAAAGGCCAUUCCUCCUGGACGAGGCAUCACAGUCAAUCUGAUCUACGUCAACCCCCGUGCGAUGGGCUGGCAGAUCCCUUUGCUGGCACAACUCCGUGCCGACGGUGUCCCCAUCGAGGGUUUGACCAUUGGUGCCGGUGUGCCUUCCAUCGAAGUCGCCCAAGAGUAUAUCGACACUCUAGGCAUCAAACACAUUUCCUUCAAGCCAGGCUCUAUGGACGCCAUACAGCAAGUUAUCAACAUCGCAAGGGCCAACCCAACUUUCCCGGUCAUCCUCCAAUGGACAGGCGGUCGUGGUGGUGGUCAUCACUCCUUUGAGGAUUUCCAUCAACCGAUUUUGCAGAUGUACGGCCGAAUUCGCAAAUGCCAGAACAUUAUUCUGGUGGCAGGCAGCGGCUUUGGUGGCGCCGAAGACACUUAUCCCUACCUUACCGGUGUUUGGUCCCGGAAAUUCGGAUAUCCUUCGAUGCCAUUCGACGGCUUCCUGUUUGGCAGCCGAAUGAUGACUGCGAAGGAAGCUCACACCUCGUACAACGCCAAGAAAGCCAUCGUCGAAGCCCCGGGCGUUGACGACAGUGAAUGGGAGAAGACGUACAAAGGACCUGCUGGCGGCGUCAUCACCGUUCGAUCUGAGAUGGGCGAGCCAAUCCACAAACUGGCCACUCGUGGUGUCAAAUUCUGGGCUGAGAUGGAUCAAAAGAUCUUCAGCUUGGAUAAGAAGAAGCGUGUUGCAGAGCUCAAGAAGCAGCGUGAGUACAUCAUCAAGAAGCUCAAUGAUGACUUCCAAAAGGUCUGGUUCGGGAAGAACUCGGCCGGUGAAACGGUUGAUCUCGAAGAUAUGACCUAUGCCGAAGUGGUUCGCCGAAUGGUCGAGCUCAUGUACGUCAAACAUCAAUCACGGUGGAUCGAUGUCAGUCUUCGCAACCUCACCGUGGACUUCAUCCGCCGAGUCGAAGAGCGGUUCACUGUCGGCUCCGGCAAGCCAUCUCUUAUCCAAAGCUACGCCGAACUGGACGAUCCUUUCCCAGUGGUGGAAAAGGUCCUGGCUGCCUACCCUGAGGCUGAAAGCCAACUCAUCAGCGCCCAAGAUGUCCAGCAUUUCCUGCUUCUCUGCCAGCGCCGUGGUCAGAAGCCAGUGCCUUUCGUUCCUUCGCUGGAUGAAAACUUUGAAUUCUGGUUCAAGAAGGAUUCGCUGUGGCAGGCCGAAGAUUUGGACGCUGUAGUAGGCCAGGACGUUGGGCGAACUUGUAUUCUGCAGGGCCCAAUGGCUGCUAGAUACUCCACCAAGAUUGACGAACCUGUCAAAGACAUCUUGGAUGGCAUCCAUAAUGCUCACAUCAAGGGCCUUAUCCAAGAUAUCUACGGUGGCCGUGAAUCUGCUGUUCCGGUCGUGGAGUACUUUGGUGGCAAGAUUAUCACGUCCCCUGAAAGCGUGGUCGAGCUCGACGGCGUUACCGUGAUCCCUGACGGCUCUCGUAUCACCUACCGACUGUCCAAUUCUCCUACGGCCACUCUUCCAGAUGUUGAUGCUUGGACUCAGCUCCUCGCCGGCAAGACCUACUCGUGGCGACACGCCUUUUUCACCACGGAUGUCUUCGUGCAAGGCGCGAGAUAUCAAAACAACCCUGUCAAACGGAUUUUGGCUCCAACUCGUGGAAUGACUGUCGAGAUCGCCCAUCCUAAGGAUCCUUCCAAGACGACUAUCGUGGUCAAGGAGCCCAACCAAGCAGGCCAGAUGGUCAAGACCCUUGACAUUGGCCUGGUCGGGAAAAAUGAGAUUCUUAUGAACAUGUGGGAGGAGCGAACUGCAGAGGGUGAAGCGGUUGCACUGCCAUUACGGUUUAUCUACCACCCGGAGACUGGCUACGCCCCCAUCCACGAAGUGAUGGAAGGACGCAACGACCGAAUCAAGGAGUUCUACUAUCGAAUCUGGUUCGGCGAGAAGGAUGUGCCCUUUGAUAUUCCGACCACCAACACUUUCGACGGUGGGAAAGCGACUGUUAAUACCCAGGACAUUGCCGAUUUCGUUCAUGCGGUGGGCAACACUGCUGAGGCUUUUGUCGAUCGUCCUGGCAAGGAAGUCUUUGCACCUAUGGACUUUGCUAUCGUGGUUGGCUGGAAGGCCAUUACCAAACCUAUCUUCCCCAGAUCGAUUGACGGAGACUUGCUCAAACUUGUCCAUCUGUCUAACGGCUUCCGCAUGCUUCCUGGGGCGGAACCAUUGAAAGCCGGUGAUGAGCUGCAUACCACUGCUCGCAUCAAUGCCGUCAUCAACCAAGAAUCUGGCAAAAUGGUUGAGGUUUGUGGCACAAUCACCAGGGAUGGUCAACCUGUCAUGGAAGUUACCAGUCAGUUCCUGUAUCGCGGUAAUUAUACCGAUUAUGAGAACACGUUCCAGCGCAGAGAGGAGACGCCCAUGCAGGUCACGCUCGCGACCAGCAAGGAUGUGUCCGUCCUGCGAUCCAAGGAGUGGUUCCACCUUGACGAGCCGGACAUUGACCUACUGGGCCAAACCUUGACUUUCCGAUUGUCGAGCUUGGUUCGAUUCAAGAACAAGACCAUUUUCGAGCGUGUCGAGACGGUGGGUCAAGUUCUCUUGGAACUUCCCACUAAAGAAGUCAUCCAGGUGGCAUCGGUCGAGUAUGAUGCCGGUGUGUCCCACGGCAAUCCAGUUGUGGAUUAUCUGCAGCGACACGGCUCGUCCAUUGAACAGCCCGUCAACUUCGAGAACCCCAUUCCCUUGAGCGGAAAGACACCCCUGUCUCUGAAGGCACCCGCAUCCAACGAGACGUAUGCACGAGUCUCUGGCGACUACAACCCGAUCCACGUUUCGCGUAUCUUCGCCAGCUAUGCCAACCUCCCCGGUACCAUCACCCACGGCAUGUACUCUAGUGCCGCGGUUCGAAGUCUAGUCGAGACGUGGGCGGCCGAGAACAACAUUGGUCGUGUUCGAAGCUAUCAUGUUUCUCUGGUGGGCAUGGUGCUUCCCAACGAUGAUUUGGAAGUGAAACUCGAACACGUUGGUAUGAUUGCAGGCCGCAAGAUCAUCAAGAUCGAAACCAGCAACAAAGAGACUGGCGACAAGGUCCUCUUGGCUGAAGCCGAGGUGGAGCAACCAGUGUCGUCGUACGUUUUCACUGGCCAGGGUUCUCAGGAACAAGGCAUGGGUAUGGAUCUCUACGCCCGCAGUGCUGUGGCGAAGGAAGUCUGGGACCGUGCCGAUCGGCACUUCUUGGACAAUUAUGGUCUCUCCAUCAUCAACAUUGUCAAGAACAACCCGAAGGAACUCACAAUCCACUUUGGCGGACCUCGUGGCAAGGCCAUUCGUCAAAACUACAUGGCCAUGACCUUCGAGACGGUCAAUGCAGAUGGAUCUGUCAAGUCGGAAAAGAUCUUCAAGGAGAUCAAUGAGAACACCACUUCAUACACUUACCGCUUGCCCACGGGUCUGCUCUCUGCCACUCAAUUCACCCAGCCAGCCUUGACGUUGAUGGAGAAGGCCAGUUUUGAGGAUAUGCGAUCCAAGGGUCUGAUCCAGCGUGACAGCAGCUUCGCCGGCCACUCUCUCGGCGAGUAUUCUGCGUUGGCCUCGAUUGCCGAGGUGAUGCCCAUUGAGAGUUUGGUGUCGGUGGUCUUUUACCGUGGCUUGACCAUGCAAGUGGCGGUGGAGCGUGACGAACAAGGCCGCAGCAACUAUUCCAUGUGCGCCGUCAACCCCAGUCGUAUCUCCAAGACGUUCAACGAGCAAGCGUUACAAUACGUCGUGGAGAACAUUGCGGAAACCACCGGAUGGUUGAUUGAGAUUGUCAACUACAACGUGGCCAACAUGCAAUACGUCUGCGCCGGCGACCUCCGGGCAUUGGACUGCUUGACCAACGUGCUCAAUGUGCUCAAAUUGCAAAAGAUUGACAUCCAAGCAUUGAUGCAGCAAAUGUCGUUGGAAGAUGUCAAGGCACAUCUGGUGGAGAUCAUUGGUGAAUGCCGGAAGAAGACCGAGGCCAAACCGCAACCGAUCGAGCUGGAGCGAGGCUUUGCCGUGAUCCCUCUGAAGGGCAUCGACGUGCCCUUCCACAGCACAUUCUUGCGAUCUGGCGUCAAGCCUUUCCGGUCAUUCUUGUUGAAGAAGAUCAACAAGACCAGCAUCGACCCGGCCAAGUUGAUCGGCAAGUACAUUCCUAAUGUUACGGCCAAGCCGUUUGAGAUCACCAAGGAAUACUUCCAGGAAGUCUAUCAGCUCACCAACUCGCCUCGGCUGGCUAAGAUUCUGGAAGACUGGGAUAAAUAUGAGAAUGCCGGGGAGGCAGGUGCCCGGCGAUUGUCUAGUGUGGCAUAAUAUGGGAUCGCCAUUGAUUGAUCGAGCGUCCUUGUAUCUUGGUCGUGUCUGGUUGGCGAGAAUGGCGUUGUCCGGCCAAUAUUCCCGGGCUGUUUGAAGUCAGGUAGAUAUGUUUUUCCUUUGUUUAUAUAAAAGAUAGUUCUCUCUAGAGGACUGUAGUAGUAGUCCUCUUUUUGAGAUGAUGGAUAGCGGCAAUAUUCAUAUCUCCUUUACCACAAUUAUGCAUAUAUUUGGACUGUUCUGUUUCUGCGCAUGAGGCUACAACGAUGUUCAGCCUGGGCCAUAGUUAGCUGCAGCCAUCGACUUGUUGGAUAGGUGUGCGGUUUUGACGGUGGGCGCCUGGUGACAGUGGCGGUUGGGGCAAGCAGGCAUGUCCCCUGAUUGAGGUGUCGUCCACGAUCGAGACCUCAGGCUGGGGUUUACUCUGGCAGCCUGAAGAAUAAAAGGGAGAAGAAGGACCCGGGGAAGAGGAGGGAAAUUCCCGAUGGGCGGAGGUCGAGUGUCUGUCUGUCCGUCUGGGUUUCGGGUGUUUGUAGGGAGCAGAGAGUAAUUGAGACCAACUGGUUGGUAGUUGAAGCGCCCCUAAAAGGGCUGCCGAUGAAGCGGGAUUGACCGUGUUGAUGGACAAGGUGGAAAAUAGCCAGUCAAACAAGACUAUUCGUGAAA